AUGUCAAGCCUCACUUGUGCAGUGAUCGAGCUGACAAGCCAACGUGGAGAUGAAGGGGACGACGUCCAUCGGCCGAGGACACUCUUCGGCCUCACAAUCGCUGCGUGUCUCGCCACUCUCGAUACGAAGCAGAAGAAGAUGGCGAGUCGAGCGAUGCUGGCGACGAAGGCGCUGCGGCGCGGCCCCGCGGCAGGCGUGCAGACUGCGCGCCGCAUGUUCUCGGACGCUCCCGUGCCGGGCACGCGGGCCAACAACUUCGGGCCGGUGACUUGGAGCGGCCUUGCACUCGCGGGUGUCGUGGGCAGCGGUGUCGUGUACUAUUACUACUCGGAGAAGGACCGGCUGCAGACCCAGUCCACGUCCAAGGUGACGUCGGUGGGCAAGCCACUGCUGGGUGGACCAUGGACGCUCGUGGACUGUGACACCAGACGUGCUGUGACGGACGCGUCGUUCCGCGGCAAGUACUCGCUGCUGUACUUCGGCUUCACGCACUGCCCCGACAUCUGCCCCAAUGAGCUGGUGCGCAUCGGCGACGUGCUGGACAAGCUCGAGGUGGAGAAGUGUUCUGAGGUGGUGCCGCUGUUCGUGACGGUGGACCCCAGACGCGACACGGUCGAGCAGAUGCAGGCCUACAAGGCCGACUUCCACCCCAAGUUCAAGAUGCUCACGGGCACGCGCGACCAAGUGGCCGACAUCACCAAGGCCUACCGCGUGUACUUCUCCAAGGCUGAUGAGAACGAGGACGACGACGACGACUACCUGGUGGAUCACUCUAUUGUGAUGUAUCUUGUCGGCCCGGAUGGCGAGUUCCUCGACUUCUUCACGCAGAAUGCACGCGUUGACGACAUUGCCGCCAAGGUCAAGACGUAUUUUUGA